CAAAUUGUUAUUAUUGUUAUUAUUUAUUUUGAACAUAUUUCUCUCCUAGAAUGUUCUCGGGUAUUUCACACAGGAGGAGCGAGGCUUGUGUUGUGUGGCAGGACAUGGGAAAAGUUAGAAGCCUUGUAUGAAGCUUUAAUGAGUGUGGCAGAUCCCAGUAUGACAUAUGCACCAAAGCUCAUACUUCUGGAUAUCUCAGACAUAAACUGCAUUCAAGAUGUAGCUAAGGAAAUCCUGAAUUGCUAUGGCUGUGUGGAUAUACUGAUCAACAAUGCAAGUAUGAAGGUGAAAGGAGCAGUGCAGAGCAUUUCAUUGGAACUUGAUAAAAAGAUAAUGGAUGCCAACUAUUUUGGACCUAUAACAUUAACCAAAGCCAUUCUUCCCAACAUGAUCUCAAGAAGAACUGGCCAAAUUGUUCUAAUUAAUAGUAUCCAAGGAAAAAUAGGAAUCCCAUUUCGUGCAGCUUAUGCUGCUUCUAAGCAUGCUGCUGUAGGCUUUUUUGAUUGUCUUAGGGCUGAAAUGGAAGAAUUUGAUAUUUCUGUCAGCACUGUGAAUCCAACCUUCAUCUGUUCCUACCAUCGCCAACCAGCACCUGGCAACUGGGAGGCAUCUAUUUGGAAAUUCUUUUUCAGAAAGCUGGCAUAUGGUGUGCACCCAGUGGAGGUGGCAGAGGAAGUCUUGCGCACAGUAAGCAGUAAGAAGCAGGAAGUACUUAUGGCCAACCCUAUCCCCAGAGUAGCAGUUUACAUUCGCACCUUCUUCCCUGAGCUGUUUUUUGCUAUUGUUGCCUCAGGGAUUAGGGAAAAGCUGAAGACAGAAGAGGAAAAUUGAUUUUGUUUGGUUCUUUUCCCUGCUUUUGAUCUGAAAAAAAAAUAAAAUUGUUUCAAAUAUCAGUGAUUUCUGCUUUUCACUAUGGGUAGAAUAAAACAGGA